UGAGCAGGUAGAGGCCGUCAAUGGGCUCCCGAGAGAGAGGGAGAGAGAAGAGAGAGAGAGAUUACUGCACACUGCGUCUCUCCACUUGAUCAACUUGGGAAUCACGAGGAGUUUGGAGAACUUCCACUUCACUGUUUCCUCCAGAGUUUCUUCUCCGUUCUCGCUGAAGAUUGUUUUGACAAGCGACUCAUUUUCUGUCCUCUGGAGGAUCGGAUCCAAUUCUCUCUCUCAGCGCAGCGGAGCCGCUGAACUCGGGAAUGUCCUUUUUUUCCUCCUCCUCCCGUGUUCUCUUUGUUUUUGGCAGUGAGCAGGUUAAAAUGGAGAGUGGAUGGCUCUGAUUCAGGGGUCAGCGUAGUUACUAAGAUAUAAAUCAAGUGAGUCCACUGUCCAUCUGCUACUACGAUGUACUGACUGCGAGGGGUUUUAUUCUUCUAGUUCUCCAUGGUUGUAAAAGUUGAAUCGGACCCUCUGUCUCUCCAUUGUGGGUCAACACGCCUCACGAGUUUCCGGCGGCAACCUGUAACCAAGCCUUUGAAGUUCAAGCCUCUCUCGUUUUCUCUGGAUUUAUCUAGAAAAUGUGGCGCCGCCGGGACGAGCUGCCUUCUGACGCCGUUUGUCAACUCGUGUCCGGUCCGCAAACGUGACCGCGCGGAACAGCGGCCGGUGCGCACUGUUUUUUUUUAAUAACGCUCAAUAACACGCAGCAGUCGGGACACGGGUGAAGAUCGACGCAUCGCUGUUUGCCGGGACCUGCCCUCCUCCUCCUCCUGCGUAAAGGAUACUUGUUGAAGCGUGAGGCCAACGCGUUCCACAUGAGGACAUUCGUUGUGCGUCUGCUGGAAACCAGUGCAAACCUCAAGCUCCUAACCCAACACGACGCGUCUUCACGGUGCAUGUGUGCGUGCACUGCUCCGUCACCCACAUUAAUGACACUGGAUAAAAGUUCGCUGUUAAAUCAGGGAACGGAUCCGUGUAGCGGGGACGAUGCGGCCGGCUCCAUGUGGGCACUGAGCGACGCGCACUUCUGCACCCUGUACAGUUUGAAUAUUAACUCUGGUGCUGAAUGGGAGUUUGAGUUAUGACUUUGAGUUAUGCUGGCAGUCCUCCAGCUGUAAACGCUUGGAUCGCAUCUACUUCGCAGUAGUCGCCGAGGCAGAAAAGAAGAAGUGGGACGUGUGUACAUAUUUGUCUUGUUUUGAUCCGCGGUGCUUGCCUGCUUUGAAGUCCACCAUGUGCGGCCGGGCACCGCCGCUGCAGCCGAGGCCAUGACCGUCCCCCAGCGGCGCCUGGCCGGGCUCUGGCCGUGGCUGCUCAUGGCGGCCCUGCAGGUGGUGCUGGGCCAGCCGGGCCUGGAGUCCGAGCGGCCGGCCCUCCGAGCGGUCAUCAAGGUGACACUGCUGAAGAACGAGCCGACGGGGAAGCCCAUCACCCUGGAGGGGGUGUUCGUGGGAGGAAGUGCCGGCUACGCGGAUGGGAAACUAAUGCAGUAUCACCCUUUGUCAUUGUGCAACACAAGCGAGGAUGAACGGCAAGAAGGUGACUUCAUCACCAUUGUCAAGCUGGAGCACAGGGUACCCCGCUGCCUGCCGCUGCUCGAUAAGGCUCGCAUGGCGCUGGACAAAGGAGCUCAAGCUGUUAUCUUUGACGUCAGUGAUGAUGCCAAUGCUGCUGCUGAGCUACGAGAAUCAGACGCCCUUCCGCGACCAGUCGUGCUGGUGGAGGCCGAGGAUGCGGAGGAGCUAAUGAGUUUGGUCAACAAGAAUGAGGAGGCCAAAGUUCGCAUUGAGAUCAAGUUGGAACAGUCUCGAUGGCCCCAUUAUGACAUGGGUAUCCUGCUCACCAUCAUCCUGGCUAUUCUCACCAUCGUCUUAAUCUUUGCCUUCCGUUACAAGUGCAAGUCCAACAGGACCUGGGACUCUGUCCACCAGCAGACCAUGCGGGCCAUCAAUCGCCUGGAGACCAAAACCUACAGCUCUCAGGGCUGCUCGGGCUCGCAGCGGCACCGGGCGGCCUGGGGCUCAGCCAGCAGCUCCAACUCCAGCCCCGUCUGCGCUAUCUGUCUGGAGGAGUUCCAGGACGGGCAGCACUUGAGGAUCAUCUCCUGCGCUCAUGAGUUCCAUAAAGACUGUGUCGACCCCUGGCUGGUGCAGCACCGCACCUGUCCCCUCUGCAUGCACAACAUCAUGGGUGAGGACAAGCAUAUUUACAGGACAGAGCGGCAGCCCCAGAGGAGUCGACUCCAGCAGAGUCCAGAGCAGAGUCAAGGCUUCCUCCACCCUCAGACCUACAACAACCCACACAACCACCCUUACCCUCAACAUGCCAUCCCCUUCUCUAUGAGGCCCCACUAUCCUCGAGGACCCUCUGGACCAUAUCCCUCUCUGGGCCACUACAGUGGCUCUUCUCCCAUGGACACGCAAACUCUGCGUUUCCUCACCAGCAGGCCACUUGGCUCUGGCUGUGGGUACCGCCUUCCUGUAGAGGGUCCCGGAAGGCCCCACAGGAUUGGAGGUAACUGCAGGAUGUCCACUCACCACUACACGCCUCGUCGCUCCUGCCCCAACUAUCGUUCGUCCUGUCCGACCCAGCGCAGUGCAUCCUGCUCAAGACUGCAUCACGCUGCCUCUGGCACGCCUCAGACCCGUGGAGCACCUGCCCACGGUCGGCAGGACGAGGGCAGCUGCUCAGGUGGUAGCUACCACACAGAACGCAGUGGAUAUUUGGCUGACGGGCCAGCAAGUGACUCCAGCUCAGGGCCCUGCCAUGGCUCCUCCAGCGACUCAGUUCUUAACUGUACUGACGUGUCCCUGCAAGGAGUUUAUGGCAGCUGGUCCACCUUCCGUAGCUCUCUGAGUAGUGACUACGAUCCAUUUGUAUAUUAUGGGCCAGGUGCUGGGCGGGGCCCUCGGAGAAACAGCCUAGAGGCUGGUGCGCAAGCCCGGCCCAGGUCUCUGGAUUCUGUGGUGAACAAAGCGGGCUGCCCUGAAGAACAGCCACAGACUGUGUUCAGCCACAUCCACUACCACCGCCACAGACACCACCACUAUGAGGAGGGGGAGCACGGCCAGGGCCCGAGCAGAGGCUCGGACGAGGAGCAGGGGGCGUCUGCUGCUGCAGCGCCUGCUGCUCUUGUCCUGGACAAAGACUCACCUGUGUGCCCUCCUAAGCACAGUCCCUGCCAGUGCCCAAAGCCAGACCCCACAGAUCGGCCUUGCCCAGGACAGGGAGAGCGUCAUGACCAUGACCGCAGCAGUCCCUCAGGACCUGCUGUCCUGAUGUCCCCAAUCCCCUUACAGCUCCAACCCCACUGCUGCCACCAGGGACAUGGACACCCCCCUGCUCCUCUUGGGCGAGUUGGUGGCUGUGUGCUUGAUGGCCCCUCUGUUCGCUUCCACCAGAGCCUGGAUCUGCCGGAUGACCGUAGCAUCCACAUUCACUACGGCCAGGGCCCAGGCUUCUGCUGCUCUCCCCCUGAGCUGCACCCAGCUUUGCUCCCUGUGCCCCUCAUUCUGGACUCCGGAGGGAUGGAGGAGUGGCCUUGCUGUGCCGGGCCCCAUGUUGUGUGGCAAAAACGGGUGCAGCAGGCUUGCUCAGAGCCUCAGCUACUGGGGCCUGGGACUUCUAUGGACAGGCCACCCUGCAUGCUCCACCACGGGCCUGCUGCUGACUGCAACACAGACAUUUGUUUAUACUGCCAAACAUUACACCACAAUCAGGGAUCAGAAGAGGAGUCUGGUGUUUGACAAACUUGUUGCAUCCCCAUUAUCACGCUGCUACACAGGAGCCAGAAUGGACAAGCCUCUCAUUGGCCAAUCGCUCUCAUGUCUUCCACAUGAUUCCGCCGCAAUGCCUUUUCUUUCAGAUGACGCCCCGAUGCUUGCCCGCCAGGAUUCAACGCUCGCACGCCGAAAUGUGCUUUUAGCUGACUUAGUUGGGUUAUCAUUAAAAGUGAAAUUAUUGGGAUUAGAUUUUGCUUACGAUGUUUUAUAUCAGAAUACAGUGAAUGAUUUAAAUGUGUAGAGAGAGGGAGUCACUAGGGAAACAGCUCAUGCACCACAAAGGGGAAAUAAUGUUUUUUUUUCUUUGUUUUUCUGUGUUUCUUUUCAUCAGUUAUAGGAACAAUAGUCAUUUCUGACAUGAAAUCACAAGUUCCAUGCUCCUUAGUGUCAUCUAACGAAUGAUCCUUGCUUUGGGUGUGGAGCCCUCAUGAAGUGAGACUCCACCUCUGCAUCACUCACUCUAUUACAAACUGAUUUAUCUUUGAGGUACUAACUUUCACUUCUUCCUCUUCUUCCUUCGCUGAGUCCAGUCUCAGCUGAGAGAAGCUCUUCUCUCCAGCCUACCUCAGCACAGAUUCCUAAACACACCUCACACAGGGGGUCUUUUAAGGUACUGCUGUAGUGACUUUUCCUUUUUUUUUCCUCACAACCAAGUAGCUCCCGUAAACCCAACUCAAAGGUAUCCUCUUGUCCAAAUGGAGAGAAAGGUUGAUGCUCAGCCCCUCAAACAAUGAGCAUUCACUGAGGUUGCUGAACCAUGCAUGGGCCUUGUUUUCAUUAUUUCAAUAAUGGCAGCUGUUUUUAACAUUUUUUUUUUCUUUUUUUGUAGCCUGUAAUAAUUUUUUCACCUUUCAAAAUGAACCUGUUUGACUGAAUUAUGUUGUUGUCCUUACAAGCUAUUGUUUCAUUUGCAUAAUUUCUGUUGGUUUCAUCACAUGUGUGACUUCUGUGCUGUUACCCCCCCACCCCAUCAGAAGGACAACAUCAUGUCCGCUGCUCAAUACAUCACAAUGCCCCCCCGCUGUCUUCCAGCAAGUAAAGCUCUAGAAAAAUGUUCUAAAUUGCAACCAUAGAAAACACACAGUGAUUAUAUAAUAAUAAUACUAUAUGGAGUGAAGCCAUGCCAAGUGGUCCUUACAGUCCUGGGCAUCAGCUGAGUCUGUCUGCAUUAGCAACAGUCUAAUGAGAGCUUGCUGUGCCUAACCCAUGAUUUCAAACUUUAAUGAGUCGAGUCUGAGAACAUGUCUCAGGAACAAACACUGGAAAGAUGGGAAGAAUUAAUGUUAGUCACAGAAAUGAUUUCCAGAAUGGUGAAAAAUCCUUUGUCGAGGUAAAUGUGCAUUUCCAGUCACUUUCAGCGCUUAAAGGAAGAUUACAAGAAAUCGUAUGCAGUGUUGAGUAAAGAUUGUUUUACAUUCUGAUAAAUAGUUUUUAAAAUGUUAGAAAGCCAUAAAUGACAGAAUCUAUGUUUAGAUCUUUACCAAGUCGCCCUUCUGUUCCCAUUUAGCCUCUGGCAGACUGACAGAAUACAAAACGUUGCUCAUGCUCCAAGAAAAUGACUCUGUACAUUUAAAUUAUGCAGAUAAAAGUCAGCCAUCAUCAUGCCAUCAAACAUGGCUCUCUUACAUUUGGCUUCACCACAGACGUUUUAAUGCACGCACGUACUCAACUAAAUAAUCUGAGAUCAGAGUAACUGGGAUCUCAGUUUUAUCGUGGACUUUCCCUGAAAGGCUCAGUGAAAAUGUGAAAGGAUUUUCCUUUGCAGCCAGACUGCAGAUAGAGUUUAGCUCAGCACAAACAGCACACUAAGAACGCAUGGGUUUUGCAAUGUAACCAGUAGCACUUACUAAAGUCUUCCAUGUGCCUUAUUCUUUGAAAACUGUUCGUAAUCCUGAAUCGGGAAACUCCCAACACGCUAAGCUCUUACCUGUCUAACCAAAGACGCAAAAUCUUCAACACAGUGGCCUUGUAACACAGUAUGCAGGUGAUGUGCCUUUUUUCCUGCUUCAUUCCCAUCCUGAAAUCUUAGAAUUAAAUGCACUUUCACUGAGACGAGGGACAUGCUAAAUUGGAAGUGGAAAUCCUUUUUGGACAAUCACACAGAACUUAACGUAUCCAUUUCUUUAAAAAUAAUACCUCACUCUGAAUGAAUCAACUCAGCGUCCUCUAGCAAAAGUAUCCCAGUUUCAUUGUUAUGCCCAAACAGUCUCUGAGAUGGAAAUGACUGAAUCACAAGCAGCACUUUGGUUAUAGCAAAUUUUAUAUUG